AAUGAAAUCACGUUGACGCCCAUAUGUUACAUUGAACAAGUUUCAAAGUGUCACCGUCGAAACCGUACACGUUCAACAGACGCGGUUGAAGAAAAAUUGGUGUUUUACGAAAGUAUUGUUAGUAAAAUAAGGAUGCCUGGAUAUAAAUGGGUUAGGUACACGGGUGCUCGCUACUUCGUACCGGGAAUGAUCUUCGUCGGCAAGGACUUGGAUGGCAUGAAUCUUGUUGUUGGACGUGCUUUACACCAAGGCGAUAUGCUUCCUGCAAAGGUGAAACCAGAACAUGGAGUAGCUUACGUUAGUCACGGAGGCAACGAACACAUAAAGCACGAUUUUGAGGUUUUGAUGCCCGCCGAUUUCAAGUGGAUCCCAGCAAGACACGGUCAAGUUCCACCACAUGCGGUUGAAGCUGGAAGAACAAUAGAUGGAGAAAUGCUUUACAUUGGUCGUGCCUAUCAGAAUGGUGUACCAUGCGUAGGAAAAAUACAUAGAACCCACGGAGUAUUGUACGUACCUUUUGAAGGCAGAGAAAUUCCAUUUAGAGAAUAUGAAGUGCUGGUGUUAUCUUAAUUUAUAAAUACCACAUGGAAUAUUAAACGAUCCAUAAAAAUUCAGAUCCAGAAA